CUGCUCGUCCUCUCCCCUCCCCUUCCGCUCCCCCGUCGCGUCGGACGGACGACGCCACCGCCCGCACGGGACCCCGACGACGACGCGCUCUGCCCGCCUCCGCGCGCGGCUAAGUAACCUCCCCCCUCCUCUCCCUCCUCCGGUCCUCCCCUGGACGCGUUGCUCGAAUCCGCCGCGCUGCCUCCUGCUCGGUUACCCCUCGCACCUCGCCUCGCCCGCGCUGCGCCAUGGGCGCCUCGUCGAGCCGCCGCCGCCGGGACGACUACUACCCGCCGCCGCCCCCGCCGCACCACUACUCGUCCUACCCGCCCCCGCCUCCCCCGCCGCACCACCACCACCACCACCCCCCGCCGCCUCCCCCGCCGCACCACCGGGCUCCCCCUCCGCCGCCGCCCGCCUCCUCGUACUACUACCACCCCCACCCGCCGCCCCCGCACGCGUACCACGGCCCGUGGCACCCGGCGCCCGCGCCGCCGCCGCCGCUGCAGCAGCCUCAGCCGCCCGCUCUGACGGGCCCCCCGCCCGAGUACGUGGAGCACCAGCAGGCGCAGAAGGUGAAGAACUACGUCAACCUGCACAAGGACACCAUCAGGCUCGAGCCCGACGGCGCCGACCCCGAUCGCCGCCUCGUCGCCUUCACCUUCGACGCAGUAACCGACGGCAGUGUGACUAUACAUUACUUUGCCAAGGAAGGAAAAGACUGUAGUUUUUCUUCAGUGUACCCAGAAUUACAGACGCCAACAAAAAUACCCUUCCAGAAAGGGUUAGCCCAAAGGUUCAUCCAGCCCUCUAGAUCUGGUGUUGACUUGGAAUUCUUUUCUCUUGAUGAGCUUUCAAAUCCAUCAGGGGAAGUAUUCCCUUUGGUAGUUUAUGCAGAAGCAUAUCCAUCUCCAGAUGAAGGUGGCCCGUCAGUAAACUCCACUCGUGCCCAGAUUACUCUUGCUGUUUUGGAGAAGCAUAAUAAUGACCUUCGAGUCAAAGUUAUCAAGCAAAUCUUGUGGAUUGAUGGAGUGAGGUAUGAGCUACAGGAAAUUUUCGGUCUUGUCAACUCCACAGAAGCGGAUGUUGCCGAUGCUGAUGCUGAUGACACGGGAAAGGAAUGUGUUAUCUGCUUGACAGAGCCAAGGGACACUGCUGUUAUGCCUUGUAGACAUUUGUGUUUGUGCAGCGAAUGUGCAAAAACUCUACGAUUUCAGUCAAAUAAAUGCCCCAUAUGCAGACAGCCUGUUGAAAAACUAAUGGAGAUCAAAGUUAGAAGUCCUGAGCUAUAAAGGAGACUGCUGGUAUGGCUGUUGCUGCAGCAUUAUAUUAUCUAAUUGUCCAUAAUCCUGUAAACAACAUGAGUCUUGAAGUGUAUAGUUCUGUUGAUGGUUGUGAACUUGUGAUGAUGUGGUCUCGUGAAGAAUUGUGAAGAUCAUCACUUGGCACUUGGUUUCUUGUCUUUUUCUGUUUGUUAUAGUAUAUCUAUAACAUGGCAUCUGAAACCAAUCCUUGGCAUAGUUUUGGAUCUUGAGGAAGCUAAUUUUGACACC